UUUUAUUUAUCAGUCGAGUAAUGUAUACAAAAUAAGCGGCGGCUAUUUUUUGUUAUUUUAAUGAAACAGAGUGGAUUGCGAUGAGCACGAACGUUGUUGUAAGCAUAGAGGAGAAGGCGGUGGCCGACGACCUGCCGUACUUCCCGGAGAAGUUUCCGGGCAAGGUGUGCUGUUUAUGCAACCUCGGGGAGAAGAGUGCCUUGGGCCAGGGUGAGAUUCUGCAGCUGAAGGCGCCCGCGCCCGCUGAAAUGAAAGAUAAAUAUCCAACCGAUCGGCUGAGGGAGGACGGAUGCAGGCAGUUUUAUGGCCAAAAACAGGUAUCCUUGGCUGCAGGCGAGUGCCACUACGAACUGGACAAAAUAGGGCAGCCGGAGGUGGUACAUCCAGCUGAGUUUCUAGACGAGGGAUUUGUAUACGUGCACCGCAUGUGCAUAAUGUGGUCGCUGCGCAAAAGCCUGCUGACCGACGCUGACGCCUUAUACUUCGCUAGCCACUUUGCCGAGUUCCUGGAGCAGAAGUGCAACUUUUGCGGCCGCUACGGGGCCUCCAUCAACUGCAAGAUGAACUGUCGUCAGGUGCACCACUGGCCAUGUGCGGCUGCCGCGGGCUGCCUCCUCAUCCUGGAGAGCUUCACUGUCUUCUGCACGGAGCAUUUGAGCCAAGUCCCUGUGAUAUGCAGCGACAAUAACGUGGAGUGUCUGACCUGCUCAUCGCUAGGGGACCUUUCCAAACUUAUAAUGUGUAGUACCUGUGGAGACCACUUCCAUUCAACCUGCAUUGGGCUGGCCAAUCUGCCAGACACCCGUUCUGGUUGGAACUGUGCCCGCUGCACCAAGUGCCAGAUUUGUCGUCAGCAGGACUCGAACGACACCAAGUACGUCAAGUGUGAGCAGUGCCAGAAGAUUUAUCAUGCCUCUUGCCUGCGACCUGUUAUCUCAGCGAUUCCCAAAUACGGCUGGAAGUGCAAUCGCUGUCGCGUCUGCACGGAUUGUGGAUCGAGAACUCCGGGCGGCGGUAGUUCCUCCCGCUGGCACAGCCACUAUACAAUCUGCGAUUCGUGCUAUCAGCAGCGAAACAAAGGCUUUUCCUGUCCAAUUUGCCAGAAGGCCUAUAGAGCUGCCUCCCACAAGGAAAUGGUCAAGUGUAGCUGGUGCCACAAAUUUGUGCACAGUACGUGUGACGAAGAGGCGGAUUUAACGGCUUACCACAAGAAAAAGGAGCAGAACCCUGAUUACGAUUACGUGUGCCCGAACUGCAAGAGCAAUUCAUCGGGUCCAGGGCAAUCCCAACAGGCAAUAGACUCAAUCGUGUUGUCCUCGAUGGAUUCGUCGUCAGAGCAACUUAGCCUCAAAGAAAUUGAACUAGAUCCACUGGAGGGCAAGCCCACAAUUGAUCCAUCCAGCGAUGAACUCCAAAAGCUGCCCACUGGCAAAAAAAAAGUGUGCCUUUCGAAUGUUCGCGGCAAGAGCGGCAAGUUUGUCCUGCACCGCAUGGGUGUCAUGUCUCAAAUCAACAAGAAGCGCAGCACGAGGGGCAAAGGACGUCAACUUGUGCUGCCCAGCAUUUCCAGCGAUCGCUGCAUGAAUCGUAGCAUGGACAAUGAUUUAACCAGCGACAAGAAGAUGCUGCUCUGCUCGGCGCGGGACAAGUUUAUUCAGGCCCAAGAUAUCUGCGUUAUGUGCGGAUCAUUGGGCAUUGAGAGCGAUUCGGUGAUGAUCACGUGCGCCCAAUGCGGACAAUGCUAUCAUCCAUACUGUGCCGGCGUCAAACCUUCACGAGGUAUCCUACAAAAGGGAUGGCGUUGCCUGGACUGUACAGUGUGCGAGGGAUGUGGCAAGAAGAAUGACGAGGCGCGCCUUCUUUUGUGCGAUGAAUGCGACAUUUCUUACCAUAUAUACUGUGUGAAUCCUCCGUUGGAAACCGUGCCCACCGGGAACUGGAAGUGCUCGUUCUGCUCCCUGUGCCAGAAAUGCGGGCGCAAUCCUACUGAGAAAAGCGAGUUUGGAGACUCCAACAUGCUCGAGUGCCCGUCAUGCACAAGCCAAUCGUCAUGUUCCGUGUGCAAGAACCCUUACAGCAACGGCGAAAUGAUCAUUCAAUGCGAGCACUGUGAGCUCUGGUCGCACUUUCUCUGCGACACCAUCAACGCCCAACUGACCAUCGAUCACUACGACAGCAAUGUGUACAAGUGCUUAAAGUGCCGCUGCUCGACUAGGAGUAGUUUGUCCCUGAUGGAUGCGAAGUUUGGUAUUGAGGAUACGCUGGCCAACGGACCGCAGUCGAGCAAAGCGUUUGUGCAUAUCACAGCCACAUCCGGACCUGGUUUCGAUACCAAGAGUGGUCCUGACCGUAGUCACCACACUUUGCCCGGCGAUAUGCCCGAGCCUGCCCCAGAGGCCAUUCAUUGGAUUGACGGAGUGUGCCUGAGCGAAAGCGGGUUGGGGAUGAUUAAGUCCCUGUCCACAGAGAUCAAACGCAAGCGCAAGAUGCGCCAGGCCAUCGGCAAUGGCAAGGACGGAGCGGCGGAUGGUGCCGCUGAAGAGGCGCUGGAGAAGUACAAGGACGGAAUGGUUUGGGAUGGGACGGAGAACGCCAUUCCCGAAGGCUUCACCAUCUCUACCAAUGACGAGGGGGUGCAUAUAUUACGUAAAAAGCGACAGCGAAAUUUGCAAAAGCUGGGAAUUGGUGGUUUCUCCGUUCGCAAUCGAGGUUUGAAAAAGGAUAGCGAGGAGACGACUGCGGUUGAUCAGUUAAGUUCCAUUAUGAACAUGGACAAAAAGAAGAAGAUCAUACGCAAAAAACAAAAGAACAAGCUUAUUGAAGCCUAUCCUGUGUAUCUGCAAGAGGCGUUCUUCGGAAAGCCUUUGCUGGAAGCGGGCGAGUUCGUUAUGGCCGAAUCGGAUUCUUCGGACGAAAUUGAUGCCUCAAUGAAGGUGUACUUCACCCGGCCCGAGGGCAAAAGCCCUGCUAAUCAAGAAACCCCGGUGGCAAACAAGAGUCCAGCGAAGACCCUGAAGAAAGUCAAAGCUGAGAUUAAAACUGAGAAUAAGACGGUUUUUAUUGAACAAAUGCCCAUGGGAAUACAGCAAAAAACGCCAAUUGCGCCAGUUUCUAACGUGUUUGAUCCCUUACAUACGGACAUUUCAACUACUGUGUUUGCUAACAGGCAUCCUUUGGACACUUUGGCCUCACCUAAUAUUCCGGAACUGGACACAGCAAACUCUAUAAAUACGGUUCCGUCAGCUGAAAUUAUUGAAAAGCCAAUGCGUGAAUCACCUGUGGUCUUGGUCGAUAAUUAUAUGGUGCCUAACCAGUUGCCUCCGGAUCAAAAGUUUCACAAUCAACUAUAUUUGCCAGGAAAUAUUGCGAUUAACCCCGCUCAACAGCUUCAAUUCCGACAGCAGCCCGAUCAUUUAAAGGCCCAAAAUUCUAAUAAACAGAAUAUGCAAACUAUAAUGGGCCAAGUAGUUUUGCAGACCGAAAAGAGACCAGAGGAGGAGCCAAAGACUGUGGAGCCUGUGGCGGAAAAUCUUAACGCUGGCACUCAAAAGACAGCAGAAAAAAUGCGGAAGGACGAGGACCUUGGUCUAAUGGCCACCAUUUCGGCUGUUUUGUAUGCCAAUACGGAGCAUCCGAACCUAAAGGAGUUGUUCCCCAACUGGAAUGAUCGCUGCAAACAGAUUCUUAAGAGGUGGCGAUCGCUGUGCAACGAGAAAAAGGCUCCGUUUUUGCAAAAAGCCAAGGAUAAUCGCUCGGCAUUGCGACAGAGGCGUGAGCAGAACAAAAUCCCCAUGCCACCGAAACCACAAAAGCAGGAAGAAAUGGGAAGAGUAUGGAAGCAGCAGCCCAAAUUGAAGGAAGACCAGACGAAUAUGUUUGUAACCUACAAUGGAAAUGCAUAUGACAUGGCUACCUACGUUGGUGGCCAGGUACAGCCAACGCCCAAUAAUUCAAACCCGCAUCAUGUGAUGCCAAACGUUAACGACAAUUUGGUUAUUAAGGCCACGAUGCAAAGGACUCAAGUGCAUACAACAGCAGCUCCUACUUUGAAAAUGACCCCCGUAGACAAUCGGCUGGAGCUAAACACGGUAUAUGGAACUGAACCCAUCGGAGAUAAAAAGUUGCGGAACCUGCUGCAAAAGAAUAGCACGGAACCAAUGCUGAUGGGAGCGAAUUCGGACUUAUUCUUACAAAAUGAUGUUAUACGGAUGGGCAUGAUGCAAAAUACCCCUAUUACACAGAACAAUCCAAUGUUGAGCAUUAGUGGAAAAUCUCAGCCAUCUGAUGGCAGGGCGUUGGAGCAGGAAGUAAAGAUGACAGAGCCUCAGGAGGGCACAGCUUCUGCCGUGGAGUUGGAGAACGUUGGAUUUAGCGACCUACUGGGAGGACUCGGCGAAGGCGACGACGAUGAUCUACUCAAAUCGCUUACUUCCGAAAUGGGAGAUGACUUUAAUAUUCUGGAGUAUGCAGACCCAGAACUAGAUGUCAAUGUUCUCAACGCACUAGAUUUUGAUGAGAAUGAAAAAUGUUCUACAUAGAAAAGAAUCAUAGAAAUGAAAAUAAAGAAAAAUGCAAUAUUUAAUACUA